CGCGUGUGAGGCGUGGAGAUUCAUCCGUUUUUGCCUCGCUCCCCUCCGUGCGUGGCUGUUAUGGUCCGGACUGAGAAUCAGGGCAUCACCGGGACGCGGGGCUCCGGCUGAUUCCAGCCAUGGGGGCCAAACAGAUGAAAUGCCUCAGCUCAGCCAGCCCCGUGCGCUCCCCCAAAGAGGAGCACGCUGUCAUCCGCUCCGGCGACACGCCCGGACAUGAAACCAUCCGUGAUCAGCCUGAAGAGCAGUUAGCGGGACCGGGCCAGGACAAAUCCGAGCAUUUCACAGAGGAGGUUUCGCUCUGCGGGCUGUGCCCCUCCCUUGGGCAAAAUGUGCCAGAGGAGGAGAAGUCCUGGGAGGAGCAGCUGGAUGUCCACCAGGAGCAGCUGGAGCGGGAAAUGCAGGAAGCCAGGAGGAUGGUGUUCCGCCUCCAGGCUUUGCUCCUCAAUGGCUCCCUCCCAGAGGACGACCCAGGUGGAUCUGUGAGUUUGGGAGAGAACCGGGCCAACGGCGAGCAGCAGCUGGUUCUCACGCGCAGCCGCCUGGACCAAAGCAUGGAGGAGGCCCUUGAUCUCAAACGGGAGCUCCUGAGACACAAACAGGAGGUGCGCCAUAUUCAGGCCAUCAAGGAUGCCCUGCAGCAGCGGCUGUCUGUGCAGGAAGAUGUCGUGCUGCAGUUAAAGCAGGAGCUACUGAGGAGCAACAUGGCCAAAGAACAGCUGGAAGGGGAAAAUGCGGUGCUCAAAGACAAGCUGAGCGAACGCAACAAACUGCUGGGCGAGUACGAGCAGCAAGUCGGGAGGAAGGACAGGAUGCUGCAGCAGCAAAAGCACGACGAGGCUCAGCACAAAGCGCGUGAUGGUAGCCACAAUUGGUCAUUUCGGAGUGAAGGUGGUUACAGCAGCUCUCUUCCAGCAUUCCAGCACACCACACCCGGUGAGGAGCUGCAGCUGGUGAGGGAGGCCCUGCGUAGUUUGAGAGACAACUUUUCCGGUCACGACCCCCAGCAUCACACCUUGGACACCUUGGAGCAGGGCGUGUCAAGCCUCAUGGAGCGCCUGCACUCAGACGCCCAGCGACGGCACAACAAAGGGGAGGAAUUUAAAUCGCCCGGCCGCAGAGCCAACUCUUCAGAUCGAGAAUCGUGGCCGCCGACCUCAAAAAUGGCUCACUCUCACAGCAGCCCGGGGUUGGAUGCCUCCGUGUCUACGAAAGUUCUCUACUUCACCGAUCGCUCCCUCACCCCCUUCCUCAUCAACAUACCGAAAAGGCUGGGCGAGGUGACGCUGCGAGACUUCAAGACCGCCGUGGACCGUCAAGGCAGCUUCAGAUACCACUUCAAAGCGCUCAACCCGGAGUUUGGCACCGUCAAAGAGGAGGUAUUCCAGGAUGGCGCAGUGGUGCCUGGCUGGGAAGGAAAGAUUGUAGCAUGGGUGGAGGAAGAUCAUGGGGAGAGGAGGUAGAAGUCCAAAAAAAACCUCAGUUGUGUUCACUGAAGCAGAACUUGACUGAAAACUCUCGGGACCAAUGGACUGAAAUAAAGUGUGGGAAAUAUUUCACGUUGAGGAAUGCUCGCCAGAUGCCGUUUACGCCUCAUAAACCCGGACAUGAAAUCAGUCAAUUUGAUUAUAAUGGUCCCUAAUGAAAAUAAUUUAAAUAACAGUAUUGAUAAAAGACAGGGUGGAUGUUUACUGCCAUUUUCCACAAGUUCUAGAUUGCCAAAUAGUGGAUGUUUGUGCCACUCUUCACUUUCAAACGAUGUUUUAAUAAACAUUCAUUAUCGCA